UCGCGUUAUUUAUAAAGAAGGGAAAAAAAGAAAGAAGGGAGGUUCUCCCUGUGCGUGUUUGAUGCUACAGCCGUUGCUUCCUGUAUGAAGUACCGGAGUCGAAGCCCUUUGCUCAUCCAAAGCCCCCCCCCCUUCCCCGCACACACCCGCACACACACACCCCACCUGAGGACGGAGGGGCCGCCUGGGCGGAGACGCUCCUGUUCUUGCGAAGGCCGGCCGAGUCAGUUCGCCGGUUGUAGCCGCCUCCGGUCGGCUCCAACGUCUCGACAGAAGAGCUGCACGUCCGGGCUGAGGAGACGCUGACAGGGUUUUUGCCGGAGGUGCUGCCAGCUAGUAGCGGCUAGGUGGCUAAUGGUCAGCAGGAGCAGGUAGAUAACCUAGCUGCUUGAAAAUAAAACUAUCAAAUGGCAAUGUGCUGACUGUAAAUGUCACCGGAAGCGCCGGAAAACCACCCGACGUGUGAAAGCACCCGAUAUACGAUGACAUAUUAUUCGUCCAAAUCGCGGACUGGCAUGUUCGCAGAAGUCAACUAAGUUAGCUAACGUUAGCCAAGUUACUAGCCAGCUUUAGCUGCUCCUGUUGCUUUUUGAUCAACAUAAUAGUUUCGAACAAGGGACUCGGGCUUGACUGCUUUCCAGCUAACCGCAGGACACUGCGUUAUUUAGUAGAGUUGUACAGGAAAAUUGGUUAAAUUGUUACUGAAAUGGCACCUAAAAGAAGACCCGUACCCCUGAACAUAACGCCCAUCGGGGAGGGACAGGCCACCUCGACUACCAUUGAUGCAGCAUCCGAAGCCAACCUUGAAGCCUUACAAAAGAAACUGGGUGAGCUGGAUCUGGAUGAACAGCAGAGGAAGCGACUGGAGGCUUUUCUCACCCAGAAAGCCCAGGUUGGGGAGCUUAAAGAUGAUGAUUUCCACCCAAUUUGUGAGUUGGGAGCUGGAAACGGAGGAGUGGUCAACAAGGUCCGCCACAAGCCCUCAAGUCUGGUGAUGGCACGAAAGUUGAUCCACCUGGAAAUCAAGCCUGCCAUCAGGAACCAGAUUAUCAGAGAGCUGCAGGUGCUGCAUGAGUGUAACUCACCCUAUAUUGUGGGCUUCUAUGGGGCUUUCUACAGCGAUGGAGAGAUCAGUAUCUGCAUGGAGCACAUGGAUGGGGGAUCCUUGGACCAGGUAUUGAAGGAGGCUAGGAGAAUUCCAGAGGAAAUCUUGGGCAAAGUCAGCAUAGCUGUGUUGAGGGGAUUGGCCUACCUGCGGGAGAAACAUCAGAUCAUGCACAGAGACGUCAAACCCUCCAACAUCUUGGUCAAUUCUCGCGGGGAGAUCAAGCUGUGUGAUUUUGGCGUGAGCGGCCAGCUCAUCGAUUCCAUGGCCAACUCCUUCGUUGGAACGCGCUCCUACAUGUCGCCGGAGAGACUGCAGGGCACUCACUACUCUGUGCAGUCGGACGUGUGGAGCAUGGGUCUGUCUCUGGUGGAGCUGGCUAUCGGCCGCUAUCCCAUCCCCCCGCCUGAUGCCAAGGAGCUGGAGGCCAUCUUUGGACGGCCAGUCCUGGACGGGGCUGAGGGGGAACCUCACACAAACGCACAGAGGCCCAGACCACCGGGGAGGCCAGUAAGCGGACACGGCAUGGACAGUCGACCUGCCAUGGCCAUCUUUGAACUUUUGGACUACAUUGUGAAUGAGCCGCCUCCCAAGCUGCCACAUGGUGUCUUCACCUCUGACUUCCAGGAAUUUGUAACAAAAUGUCUGAUCAAGAACCCAGCUGAGAGAGCAGAUCUGAAGAUGCUCAUGAGUCACACAUUCAUCAAACGAUCAGAGGUGGACAAGGUGGAUUUCGCUGGCUGGCUGUGUAAAACCAUGGGCCUUAACCAGCCCAGCACCCCAACCCGCAACACUGACUGAGCAGACCUGGAACAGGCCCCACUCCCCUUCACACAGAUCUGUGGAGCUUGCAUACAUGGAUACAUAACAUACACUGGCCAUCUCACAACUGGCACCCUUUUGCUUUACUCUUUGGUAAAACUCAUUUGACUUCCUCUCAUUUAUUUCUUCACCAGCAGCAGGGCCUAUUGAGUCACUUUACUGUAAGACCACAGCUUCACCACACCAGUGUCCAAGUAGCCACAGCCCACUUUGCCACAGCACUACAGAGAAAGCAGAAGGCACUGAAGGGCUGCCAGUGUGUCAAAUGAAUUUGCAUUAAUACCACAACACCACUUUUUGUAUUGUUGAAUAUUCUGUAUUCAUCUUUUCUAUGGCAGUGGUUGGCAGCUGGUGGGACUGUAUUUUGAUAGUUUCCCACAGCAGAGAUUUUUAGGUCUGUUAAUGAAAGUGAGUAGUCCAAAAAUAUUCUACUUGCAAAUUCAAAUUGAAAGCAGUAAAUGCGCUUAUUUUGAUCAGAAGUCUCCUUUGUCAGGUUUAUCCAUGGAAAUAUAAUCCUAAGCAGGGACAUUGCAAUAUCCCGCAAUACAACAUUUUUAGUUUGUUAGUGAGGAGUGUUGGACAAAUAGGCAAAAGGUUGUCUCUUUUAGUUUUUGGAAAUGAGACGACAUUAUAAAGGUCACUUCCUUUUGUGACUGAUGAGUCACAAACCAAAGAAGGUACUCAUGACUACUAAAGAUUUGGAUGUAAUGACUGAUUGUUUUUUGUGUAUCUGUGUUCUUUGAUUGUUUUACAUUUUGACUUUUUCACUGGCGGCCUGUCCACGGUGUCUCCCCGCCUGCUACCCAAUCACUGCUGCAAUAGGCUCCAGCAUCCCUGCGACCCUGAUUAGGAUAAGCAGCUUGGAUAAUGGAUGGAUGGAUGGUAAUAACUUGCCUAUUGAUGUUGUUUCUGCAACAUAAAUUCAAAUUCUUCUCCCACAUAGAAGAUGUCAUAUUCUGUUAGGACUUGAAACAUACAGCCAGUAUGACUUCAUGAAACGUGAGGAAACGAUGGUCAAAAUGUAUGCAUCGGACAAUACAGCAUGGUUGAUUUACCUUUCUAAUACUGUAUGUGUAUUUUCUUUUUCAAGAUAACAAGGAUUUUUUUUAAUCAAAUGCCUGAAUCUCUACUAUGUCAAUAUGAAAUGUCAAUCAUUUUGACUACUUUUUUUCAGCUUUGUUGUUGGUCUGUACUUGAAUAAUUCCCGCGGAUUGUAUUUGGUUAUGUUUGCACCGUACUAUGACGUGCGAGUAUGCAAUGUGCGCUCCAAGCUCUCUUGGUACACAACCAGCCCAAGCCUUGUUUUUUUACAGGGAGACUUGGGUUUAAAUGCUAUUUGAAGCCUUGUCAGUAUUUCUGCUGUGAUUCAAACAACUAUAUCGUGAUAAAGGUGCAAACCAACCUCGACUGGCUGCAGCAACGUUUUAAGCAGUUUAGAGGGUUUUUAAUGACCAUUUUGAUCCAGGUGGUGAUGGUGAUGAUGAUGAUGAUGAUGACGACGACAAUGAUGGUGGUGGUGGUGGUGUUGUUUUACUUGCUAGCCUGCUGUCUUUGCUAAGAGCUCUUGUAUUCAUACUGCUUAUGGCUGAUUGUUCUUAUUCCCAAGACUGCCUUCAUUUUGAACAAAAUGGAUGCGCUGUCACCUCUAUGUGUACAAAGCUAUAUAUAUAUAAGAACAGGACUACUAUUUUGCAGUCUUAAUAUACAAAUUUUUUGAUUUAUGUAAAUGACAAGGGAGAAGAGUCGUUUUACUAUAAUAUAAAAUAUGUUGGAUAUGGUUAUAAUGUAUAAAAAAUAAAAACUUGUAUG